AACAAGUGGAACUGUCAUGUCAGCAAUUAGGUCUUAUUUCUUGGUGGAGUCAUAAUCAGUUAGCUGAGACAACUUUUCUCUAAAAUGCAUCCAGCAAUUCCAAUUAGUUUAUUAUUUGUAGGAUGCUGCAGCAAUGUCAUUUUCUUGGAAUUAUUGGUCAGCCAGGUUCCGGGAUGUGGUAGUCUUGUCACAAUGUGUCAGUUUUUAUUUAUAACUGUUGAAGGCUUCAUAUUUACUACAAAAUUUGGCUCGAAGAAACCUGUGAUACCUAUAUCAUAUUAUUUGUAUAUGGUGGCCAUGUUUUUUGUGGUUCAGGUUAUCAAUAAUAUAGUAUUUAAUUUUAAUAUUGCUAUGCCCUUACAUAUGAUAUUUCGUUCAGGAACAUUAGCAGCUACUAUGAUAUUGGGUAUAUUCAUAUUAAAAAGACAAUAUAAAUUAAGUAAAUAUAUAUCAGUUGCUUUAAUAACGCUAGGAAUCAUAAUUUGUACAAUAUCAUCAGCCAGUCAAGUGGAAUCUCAUCCUAGUAAAACUGGUAAUCUAGCCAAUGAUUAUUUUAUGUGGUUAAUAGGUAUUGCUUUACUUGUAUUCGCCUUAUUUAUGUCUUCUUUAAUGGGGAUAUUUCAAGAAAAGACCUAUAAACAAUUUGGUAAACAUCCUAAAGAAGCUUUAUUUUAUAAUCAUGCUUUACCACUACCAAUGUUUUUAAUACUAAGUAAUAAUAUUUACGAUUCAUUUCAAAAUUUUAAUCAAUCCGAGUCUUAUAAGAUACCAGUGUUAGGCAGUGGUAUACCUAUAUUGUGGGCCUAUUUAAUUUGUUAUUGUUUAACUCAAUAUUUAUGUAUUAGUUCAGUGUUUGUGUUAACCACAGAAUUGACCUCCUUAAAAGUGACUUUGAUUGUAACACUACGUAAAUUUACCAGUAUACUUAUAUCAAUCUGGUAUUUCAAUAAUCCUUUUACAAUUUAUCAUUGGGUAGGCUCAUUAUUAGUUUUUAUUGGAACUUUAAUAUUUACAGAGUUAAUAAAUAUAGAUAGCUUAUUGCCCAUUAGUACGUCGAAGAAAGAAGUCUAGAAUCAGUGAUAGUUUUAAUGAGAAAAUCUACAAUUACAGGGUGUGUGUAUAGGAUUUUAACUGAGUCACUUAUUCUUCAGGUUUUCUAUACUAAUAAAAACAAGUCCCCUAGGUGCAAUAUUUGACUUGACAGUUCUCAUUGAUAUUGACCCAUUUAUUACCUGAACAAGUAUUCAUCUAUAAUGAGAGUGGCUAGGUUUAAACCUAGAUACAUGAUAUUAUCAAACUACCAGUUAUUUAGUUGUUAUAUAAAUAUUUUUGAGAGUUUAAUCCAAUUCAGUAACUUGAUCUAUUAUCUGUGCACUAAUUUUUUGGUCUACAAUACAAUCUACUCAAGUACUUGAUUUGAGUUAGUUUUUCAUUUUCACUUGUAUGUUGCUUUCUUCUCUUUGUAGUUUUCAGCAUCUACUUGAAUUUUGAUAUUGUUUAUUGAAAGUUCUUAUUAUAAUGCAAAUCUAGAUGUUUAGUUUCGUUUUUUAUCUGAGGGUUACUACACAUUUUUGAUCUGACAAGAUUCUUCUUUGAACCAUGUUCAUGUCAAAAUUGCCUAAUAGCAUAAAAAGUUGUCAGAACCAAGAAUAUCCAAGUAUUCCUCUCAUAUUGUAAGGACAUUUUUCAUUGAACCUGAUUAAACAGAUUUGAUGAACAAUUCCUAAGAAAAACACAAAACCCAACAUCUAGAUUUGCAUUUUAAUCAGAUCACCCCGUUGAAUUGAUUGUUUUUAAGAUGUAUCCUUAUGUGAGUUAUUGUUUUAAUCUGAUCCUAAUAUUUAAACUGAACAAUAGUAUGCUCUAAUGCUAUGUAAUUGGUUACACAAAGUCACUAAUUAAACUGGAAGAAAUUUGAUAAAAGUAUGAACAUGUUU